GAUAAAAAUGAAUUUCACACAAAGAGGAAUAACAAAAGAUGGCCACACUUGUUAUGCAUCAAUAGAAAAUUCAUGCCCUAAACAAAUAUAUUCCAUAACUGCCCGUGUUCUCAUAUAUAUGACUCUGUGGACAAUAACAACAUUCACACUUUGCGGUAACCUCUUGGUGAUAAUCUGCAUUUCCCAUUUCAAGCAGCUUCAUACACCAACAAACUUCCUCACGUUGUCUUUGGCAGUUGCUGACUUUUUACUUGGAGGACUUGUGAUGCCACCCAGCAUGAUCAGAUCGGUGGAAACCUGCUGGUAUUUUGGGGAUUUCUUCUGCAAGUUUCAUACUAGCAUGGACAUGAUGCUCUGUACAAGUUCUAUUUUGCAUCUUUCUUUCAUUUCAGUUGACCGCUAUUGUGCAGUGUGUUAUCCUCUAAUUUAUCACACUAAAAUCAGUGUAUCACUAAUAGGUAAAACUGUUUUAAUUAGUUGGUCUCUGUCAACCAUUUUUGGGUUUGGUGUUAUAUUUUUAGGACUUAAUAUGAAAGGUAUAGAAAAUUUUUAUAAGGAGGAUUUGUACUGUGUUGGGGGUUGCACACUGGUACUAAACCAAACAUCAAGUCUGCUUUGUUCUACAAUUGCAUUUUAUAUUCCAGGUUUUAUCAUGAUAGCAAUUUAUGCAAAAAUUUUCACAGUAGCAAAAAAACAAGCACAAACUAUUGAAAGCAGAAAAAAAUCAUCUUCAAGAAAAAGAGAGACUAAAGCUGCAAAGACUCUGGCGACAGUUGUAGGUGUGUUCCUCAUUUGUUGGUCACCAUAUUUCUUGUGCAUUAUUCUUAAUCCUUUUCUCAAUUAUUCAACUCCUGCAUUAGUAGGGGAAAUUUUAAUGUGGUUUGCUUACUUAAACUCAACUUUGAAUCCCCUUAUAUAUGCCUUUUUUUAUACAUGGUUUAGAAAGGCUCUUAAAAUGAUUGCAUUUGGAGAAAUUUUUGAAAACAACUCUUCUUUAAUACAGCUUUACACAGAAUAA